AGCCUGGUUGUUAAUUACAUAGGAAGGCUUGGUACGAUAUCAUGCCCCCGUUUGGCAGAGAUGGUUUCUGGGAUGCGUGGAUCGAUCCGGGUCACGGACGAACACAUUACGGUGUCAUUCAUCAAUCGUCUCACCUCUAAGAUGGUCCAAUCUACGGGGCGAUGAGCCUGCUAAACAGCACGCGCCCGCUGGGUGGACAGUUUGGACCACGCGAGUAAUCGGAAAACACAAGGGUCAACACGGAAUGCACUUUACGACAAAAUCCAAUCUCCUCUGCCACAAGACAUCAAGGACGUGGAGUUUCUUACGACGCUUUGGAGGUCUCUCUCUCUCUCUGACACACUCUCGCGAGUGGUCGAUAAUUCCAUUCCGACUGAAAAUCAUUAUCGGAUUUGGCGAUGAGCCAGGGUGAAUGGACGGAUGGAUUUACUGGGCCAGAGGAGAGCCAGCAAAAAACCAAAGCGCCCAGUGUCCCACAUGUGGCACACAUAUGGGCACACACUAUAAAAGCACGCCAAUGUCCAACGGGGCCGACCAUUUGGUCCCGAGCCGUAGAUCGUGCGAUCGUGCACAAUGAAAGCGAUAUUGUUGCUCCUGCUAACGGUUGCCAUCGGCACGUGCCGGACGGAACCCUUCAAGGGAACGCGCACUUACAACCUCGAAACGGACGCCGAUCGGUACGGACGGUACGAGCGCGUUCUGCUCGGUAUUAAAACGUCCGAAGGGCUACGUUUGGAUCCCGCCCUGCUGGACGAGGUGCGUCAGGUGUUGCUGGAAGAGGAACGCCAGCAAGCAUCCGGUCCGGGAGCCACGCCGGUCAAUGUGCAACUGUACAAACCACUUCAAUCGCGCCAUAUUGCUCAAUUGCUUUACCGGGCGCGAAUCAACGAAGCAGCGCAGCACCGGAGCACUCGAUAGCAUUAGUAUGCACCGCAAAAUCAGACAGCGCAACCGGUUGGGUUGGCAUAUUUUUUGGGACUGGUGCGCUGGUAUGGUUUUGGCAAUGACCAAACUGGGCGCAAGGUGAACAAAGUACAAAAUAAAUAUUUUAGAACCAGGUGCUUUCGAGUUGUGCAUUAAAUUAAGCGCGUGUCUCCAUGAAGACGUUAGGAGUCCUAAGAUCAACAAUGACUUGUUAUAGGAAU